UGUUAUGGUCAGGUGUACGAUGCGAAUGAAUCUGAACUUGUGACUUGUCCCAUACUUAUACUUCUUUAUCGGAUUCACAGCGUAUCAGUUUCAUAGUUCAUCAUGACUUCUUUUCACGACUUUCUUCGUGGUGUAUUUGGAUUGAACAGACAUAACUCCGAUCAAAAUCAACCAAAUAGGUCUGAAAGUGGUGUACCAAGCGAUUUCACAAAUUCUCUAUGGCAGAAUCAGGAAGAUGAUGUCACUGAAGAUCAACUCAGGAGAGGUCCAAUGAUUGGUUUUCACAUUUUCACAAAUCCUGUAGAGAUACAUCGUUACUUUGAAAAGCAGCUCGAUGAAUUCAUGAAAGGUUUCCAACAAAGUGGUUUUGGCGAUGACUUUGGUGAAAUAGGCUCCACUUUGGAUACUUUCUUCGGUGAUUUCAACGGCUCUAUUCCAAAUGGCUCUGACAAAUUUGAGGUGCCUCAACUAAAGGAGAAAAUACAACCAUCUGAAGAUAAGGAUUUGCGAAACUUUUAUUUAAAGCCAGAAUUUAAAUCCCCAAGUAAUGGUGUAGAAGACUUUAGAGAUACUGAUUUAGAUGGAAAAAUUGACCCCAAAGAUGUUGGAGAAAUUCUUUCAAGGCCAUCAGAUUCUUUCAGCUCUAUAUUUGAUCCUUUCUCCUCGGAGACGCAUCCACGCAUAUCAAUGUUUGGUAAAAUGGUGACAAGUAAAACCAUCCGCCAUCCUGAUGGGACGGUUGAAACUCAGAAGACAGUGAAAGAAAGUCAAGGGAAAGAAGAAAAGAUCACAACUUUUCAAAAAGGAGACCAAACUUACUCAAUCACUAUCCUGAAGGAUGCAGAUGGUGAAGAAAAGCGUUUUGAAAAUUUCAUCAACAUUGAUGAAGAUAAAAUUGAGGACUUUAAAAAGAAUUUCGAUAGCAACAAACCCAUGCUUCCUCGUCCUGACGAAAAUCCUAGUAGUCUACUUGGCCCUCCCGCUGGCAGAUCUGAUGAUCUCUCAUACUGGUUCAACAAGUUUUUCAAGAAUUAAGGUUGCUUCUCCCUCCUUUAAAAUGUCUUUCAAAUUUUCUGUUCGUUAUUAAUUGUUUGAUUUAAGGUUAUCCUAUUAUAUGUAGGUACAGAGAAUAUCAAGAUUUUUCUCGAAAGUGAGAUAUCACCAAUUUUUCAUCUUCCUAAGAAAUAUCCAUUGUUGUGAUAUGGAACUUUCUCUCUCCAUUACUGUGUCUCAAAACUUCCACUCCCGUAUUACUUUUUCAAAAAGAAAUAAGCCGACUUUAUAGCUCGAAAUUUUUACAGAAUAUUCUACCAACAGAAAAGAAAAAUCAAGGAAGUUUUCAAGCCUUCGUUGACUUGUUUUCCAAAGUGAAUAUAAAGUAUGACAGGGAGUCUGCAAUGUCGCUAACGGAUUAUGAUGUAUGGAAUUGGUGCCUGCAGUGAUUAUUAUGCAGAAUAUGAGAAUCCGUAGAGAUGAUUUGAUUUCUUGUCCUAGUUGAAAUCUAUUAUGUUAGACCCAGCUGCUUUGUAAAAAAAAGUUACACAUUUUAAAAUAAUUUUUAGAGGGUAGUCGAAUCUUUGGUCACUCAAAGGAAAGAAGCAAGGACGUGUUUAAGAUAUUCACACCAGGAUCUUCAUGGUAUAUCUCCAUCAAUGUACAAUUUUGAAAAGAUCCUAAGAGAAAACUGGGGAAUAUUCCCUUGUUAGAGGGAAUGAAACGCUUGUUUCGAGGUUGAGCUACCCAUUUUUUGGCUAUUGAUCAAAACAUAGCUAAAUUUGUUACAAAUUCCCUCCAAUUCCUUUUAGUUAGAAUGUCAAAGAGAAGUGAUAACUUUGCUCUAACUUCCCUGGAGCAAAUUUAGAUUAUGAUCUCAGGAGAAAAGUGCACAGUCAUCUUUGCCCUAUAUGGACUACAUUUUGCAACUAGGGAGUAAAAUUUUUGGCUCAUCUGGUAAACCUCUUAUGUGCAUAAGGAAAUUAAUGGUUCAUACAGUGUUCCUAGAAUGAGCCAGAAAUUGUAGUUUCUGAUCGCAAAAUAUAGUCCUCAUGAUUCUUGUCAGUAAGUCCCCUGCGCACACGUUUUCUACCAUUCUAAAGUUUCACAUCUUCUUUUCUCAUCAGAAGUCACUAAAUUAUGUCUGGUUCAAACUAACGUUUCAGAUUCUAAGGAACAACCCAAGUCCAUCCUGAUUUUAGUCAUGUAUCAAUUAAUAUUUUAAAUGAUGGUCAACUAGAUGAUAGUCCCCCUCAACUGCAGUUAAAAGUAGCAAGAGAUGAUUUCUAAGUUUUAUUGCUUUCCAAAUUACUCGCAAGAAACUUGUUUGCAAGUCACUGUCAUUCAGAAUGGAAGCAAGUGACAUUUAUUUUUUUAAGUAUCUCAAAAUUCUUAAAAAUAUCCAUGUAUGCGAUGUAUCGCAUGCCAGUUCGACCAUGUCACUUGAGCUUGACAAAUCACCUUAAGAGUUAUUGUCCUUCCUUUAUGUCUCAUGAUUUUGUUCCUGACGGAUCCAUCUAUGAUGAAUUCGAGUUUCAAUAAAGAACUUUUGUUUUGUUUUAGAUUA